AAGCAGAGAUGGUGAGAAAGAGAGAGGAGAUUAAGAAUGUGAGAGUGGAGACAGAGCAAAAAAGACAAGAACAGGAAAAAAGGAUGGAGGAGAUGAUGAUAGCAGAGAUGGUGAGAAAGAAACAGAUGAAGCAAAAAAGUGAGGAAGUAAAAAUGGAAAUACACAAAGAAAUGGAGAAGGAGAGACAUGAAGACAAGAGGCAAAAAGGAAAGGAGAGACAAGAGGGUGGUGAUAAUUCAGGAAAAGAAGAGAAGGAGAAGAAGGAGGGUGAGAAAGUGAAAGAGCCACAAACGAGAGAUGAGAGGAACACAGAUAUGCUGCGGAAAAUAGAGGAGGAGACCUCCCACCUGUGGAAGUCCAUGGGACUAUCCUUUGAAGACACUGAGGAUGGAUCAGAAGAAGACUGGAAGGAAACUGAGGAGGCCAGUGUAGACCAAGACUUGCUCUUCCUGAAGGACAAAGGAAAGACUGAAAUAAAUAGUGGAAAAAAAAGGAGAUUGCAAGAGGAGAACAGAUCAAGACAGCUAGAAGUGGAGAGACAGAGAGAAAUGAAAACUGUGAAAGAAAAGGAGAGCAAGAGGAAAACCAUGAUGGAAAAACUGAAAGAGGACGAAGGGAGGAAGAGAGGGAUGGAAGCAGAAAUGGAGAGAAAGGAGCAGGAGGAGAGGCUGAGAGAAAAAGAAAGGGCCAAACUAAGAGAAGAGGAGAGAAAGAAAAAAGAGAUGCAAGAGAAGACAAUGAGAGAGCUGGAGCAGAUAACACAAAGAGAGAUGGAGGAAAAGGGGAAGAUGGACCAAAAGAAAAGGCGGACAAAAAAUGAAAAGGAACAUGCAUGGCUACAGGAAAAACACAACAAAGAGAAGGAGGAUGAGAAUCCUUGUAACAGGGAUUGCAGUGACUCCAAGACUGUGACUAAUUCAAAUAGUUUGUGGAUGCAUGAGGCCAAGAGCCCAAAGCUGUCAGUCAACAAUGUAUGGACGAUCCAGCAAUGUGAUAAUACAGAGACUGAUAAUGUCAAACAAGGUCAUUCUGAGGUAGGAGACACACUUGUGAUGACACUCAGUAAUGAUGAUAUGAAUACAUGGACCCAGCUAAAGGCAAAAACAGAUGAAGAGGACGCACAGAGAGAGAAACAGAGGCAGAUGGAGGAAAAGAGGAUGAGAGAGGAGGACAGUGGAGAAAAGAAAGAAGAGAGAACACAGAGAGAGAUGGUAGCACAGACAGAAAACAAGACACCCAGGAUGAGCAGAGAAUUAGAAAUCGGCCAAAAGAUAGAGGAGGAGAAAGUAGCACAGCAGGAGCAAAAAGAGGACGAGAGGAGAAAGAUAGAGAUUGAGGAGGAGAAGGCAAGAGAGGAGAGAAAAGUGAGAGAAAGGGAGGAGAUGAGAAAGACUGAAGAGGUGACGAACAGGAGGGUGGAGGCUCUGUCAGGAGACAGCGAUGACAGCGACGGGGCGACUGACUCCGAUGACUUGUGGGAGGAUGAGUUGGAGAGACAGGAAACACAGAGAAAGAGAAAGGAGAUUGAGAAAGUGAGAGUUGAGACAGAGCGAAAAAAAGAACAGGAAAAAAGGAUGGAAGAGAAGAUGAUAGUAGAGAUGGUGAGAAAGAAAGAGGAGAUGGAGAGAGCAGCACAGAAGGAGCAAAAAGUGGACGAGAGGAGAAAGAUAGAGAUUGACGAGGAGAAAGCAAGAGAGGAGGAGAGAAAAGUGAGAGAAAGGGAGGAGAUGAGAAAGACUAAAGAGGUGACGAACAGGAAGGGGGAGGCUCUGUCAGGAGACAGCGAUGACAGCGACGGGGCGACUGACUCCGAUGACUUGUGGGAGGAUGAGUUGGAGAGACAGGAAACACAGAGAAAGAGAAAGGAGAUUGAGAAAGUGAGAGUUGAGACAAAGCGAAAAAGAGAACAGGAAAAAAGGAUGGAAGACAUGGAGAUAACUAAAGCAGAGAUGGUGAGAAAGAAAGAAGAGGAUAGGCUGAGAGAAAAAGAAAGGGCCAAACUAAGAGAAGAGGAGAGAAAGAAAAAAGAAAUGCAAGAGAAGACAAUGAGAGAGCUGGAGCAGAUAAGACGAAGAGAGAGGGAGGAGAAGGGGAAGAAAGCCAAAGUGGCCAAGAAAUUGCCCCAGGCACAUAACAGCGAUGUCAUUGACAUAGAGAGCUUGAGUGAUGAAGAUAUGUGGAAGGAUGAGGAGCUCCCAAUGGACCAAAAGAAAAGGCGGACAAAAAAUGAAAAGGAACAUGCAUGGCGACAGGGAAAACACAACAAAGAGAAGGAGGAUGAGAAUCCUUGUAACAGGGAUUGCAGUGACUCCAAGACUGUGACUAAUUCAAAUAGUUUGUGGAUGCAUGAGGCCAAGAGCCCAAAGCUGUCAGUCAACAAUGUAUGGACGAUCCAGCAAUGUGAUAAUACAGAGACUGAUAAUGUCAAACAAGGUCAUUCUGAGGUAGGAGACACACUUGUGAUGACACUCAGUAAUGAUGAUAUGAAUACAUGGACCCAGCUAAAGGCAAAAACAGAUGAAGAGGACGCACAGAGAGAGAAACAGAGGCAGAUGGAGGAAAAGAGGAUGAGAGAGGAGGACAGUGGAGGAAAGAAAGAAGAGAGAACACAGAGAGAGAUGGUAGCACAGACAGAAAACAAGACACCCAGGAUGAGCAGAGAAUUAGAAAUCGCCCAAAAGUUAGAGGUGGAGAAAGCAGCACAGCAGGAGCAAAAAGAGGACGAGAGGAGAAAGAUAGAGAUUGACGAGGAGAAAGCAAGAGAGGAGGAGAGAAAAGUGAGAGAAAGGGAGGAGAUGAGAAAGACUAAAGAGGUGACGAACAGGAAGGGGGAGGCUCUGUCAGGAGACAGCGAUGACAGCGACGGGGCGACUGACUCCGAUGACUUGUGGGAGGAUGAGUUGGAGAGACAGGAAACACAGAGAAAGAGAAAGGAGAUUGAGAAAGUGAGAGUUGAGACAAAGCGAAAAAGAGAACAGGAAAAAAGGAUGGAAGACAUGGAGAUAACUAAAGCAGAGAUGGUGAGAAAGAAAGAAGAGGAUAGGCUGAGAGAAAAAGAAAGGGCCAAACUAAGAGAAGAGGAGAGAAAGAAAAAAGAAAUGCAAGAGAAGACAAUGAGAGAGCUGGAGCAGAUAAGACGAAGAGAGAGGGAGGAGAAGGGGAAGAAAGCCAAAGUGGCCAAGAAAUUGCCCCAGGCACAUAACAGCGAUGUCAUUGACAUAGAGAGCUUGAGUGAUGAAGAUAUGUGGAAGGAUGAGGAGCUCCCAAUGGACCAAAAGAAAAGGCGGACAAAAAAUGAAAAGGAACAUGCAUGGCGACAGGGAAAACACAACAAAGAGAAGGAGGAUGAGAAUCCUUGUAACAGGGAUUGCAGUGACUCCAAGACUGUGACUAAUUCAAAUAGUUUGUGGAUGCAUGAGGCCAAGAGCCCAAAGCUGUCAGUCAACAAUGUUUGGACGAUCCAGCAAUGUGAUAAUACAGAGACUGAUAAUGUCAAACAAGGUCAUUCUGAGGUAGGAGACACACUUGUGAUGACACUCAGUAAUGAUGAUAUGAAUACAUGGACCCAGCUAAAGGCAAAAACAGAUGAAGAGGAUGCACAGAGAGAGAAACAGAGGCAGAUGGAGGAAAAGAGGAUGAGAGAGGAGGACAGUGGAGGAAAGAAAGAAGAGAGAACACAGAGAGAGAUGGUAGCACAGACAGAAAACAAGACACCCAGGAUGAGCAGAGAAUUAGAAAUCGCCCAAAAGAUAGAGGAAAGAAAAAAAAAAGAGAUGGAGAAAGCAGCACAGCAGGAGCAAAAAGAGGACGAGAGGAGAAAGAUAGAGAUUGACGAGGAGAAGGCAAGAGAGGAGAGAAAAGUGAGAGAAAGGGAGGAGAUGAGAAAGACUGAAGAGGUGAUGAACAGGAGGGUGGAGGCUCUAUCAAGAGACAGCGAUGACAGCGACGGGGCAACUGACUCCGAUGACUUGUGGGAGGAUGAGUUGGAGAGACAGGAAACCGAGAGAAAGAGAAAGGAGAUUGAGAAAGUGAGAGUUGAGACCGAGCGAAAAAGAGAACAGGAAAAAAGGAUGGAGAAGAUGGAGAUAACUAAAGCAGUGAUGGAGAGAAAGGAACAGGAGGGGAGGCUGAGAGAAAAAGAAAGGGCCAAACUAAGAGAAGAGGAGAUAAAGAAAAAAGAGAUGCAAGAGAAGACAAAGAGAGAGCUGGAGAAGGGGAAAAAAGCCAAAGUGGCCAAGAAAUUGCCCCAGGCACAUAACAGCGAUGACAUUGACAUAGAGAGCUUGAGUGAUGAAGAUAUGUGGAAGGAUGAGGAGCUCCCAAUGGACCAAAAGAAAAGGCAGGAGGAGAAGGCAAGAGAGGAGGAGAGAAAAGUGAGAGAAAGAGAGGAGAUGAGAAAGAUUGCAGAGGAGAUGGAAAGAAGGUGGAAGGCUAUACCAGGAUACAGCGAUGACAGGGACGGGGAGACUGCCUCCGAUGACUUGUGGAUGGAUGAGGUGGAGAAGAGGCGGCAAGUGGAGGUCAGAAACCCCCAAGACAAACCUCAGGAAGAGGGGGAGAGAGGACACACCCAGCCUGGAAGUGCCCAAGUAAACGUAGAGCAGAAAAAGAAAGGACCAUCUGUGUUGAAGUGGGUGAAGAAGAGACUGAGUUUUGGGACCACAAAAGUGAAACAGUGAUAUGGACACACAAAGACACAUAUGGACAAUGAAUGGGAAGGAACGGAAUCAGAGUUUCCAUAAAUCUGUCACAUCCAUAUCAUCUUCCCAUCUCACAUCCUACAUAUCAUCUUCCUAUCUCAGUGGACAGGAAAAUAAAACAUUUUGGAGAAACACACACACAUGCAUGCAAUACAAUACAAAUAAAAUCUAUUUUGCAUUGAGAACUUUGUUCUUUAUUUAGACCAAGUAUUGUUUUAGGGUUUAAUUAUAAAUUCUAGGUGUUUAUGCUACCCUUUUAAAUCUAAAAAACAAAGACUAUAAAUACUGAACAUUUGUAUUCUACACUUCUACACUUACAUUAACAUAUCAUUUCAGGCAUCAUAAACUGCCAUAAUUCUUUGCAAUAAAAAUAUUUCAC